AUGGCCAGCCCUGUCCAAGCUUCGAAAGAAUAUUCUCACACCUCUCACAUAGAAGAAGGUCCUCGGGAUGACGGCGACAUGCCCGACCUCAAAGCUGUAGAGGCCGGCCAGGCAGCCACGGACGAAUAUGGUCAACCCUUAGUACACUUUGAUCCGGCAGAGGAACGACGCCUGCGACUCAAAAUUGACCUGUAUAUUGUGCCAACUGUCGCUCUGCUCUACAUGUUUUGUUUUAUUGAUAGAACAAAUAUAGGCAAUGCUCGACUUGCUGGUUUCGAGAAGGACCUCGGCCUCAAAGGAUAUCAAUUCAACCAAGUUAUCUCGAUCUUUUAUAUCUCCUAUACCAUUUUCGAAAUUCCAUGCAACAUGGCGUGUAAGUGGUUAGGGCCAGGUUGGUUUAUACCCGGCACAACAGUGGCGUUUGGUAUUGUGACCGUUGGCUUUGCCUUUGUCCGUGACAUCCAUUCUGCCUGUGGGGUCAGAUUCCUUCUUGGAAUUUUUGAAGCUGGGAUGUUACCAGGCAUCGCCUACUACCUCUCACGAUGGUAUCGACGCUCGGAACUUGCGUUUCGGCUGGCACUCUAUAUCGUCAUGGCGCCAAUGGCUGGUGCUUUCGGUGGACUCUUGGCCUCAGGGAUUUUGACCCUUAGCAACUUUGGAAGCACCAAGCGAUGGGAGAUGAUUUUCGCAAUCGAAGGCAUCAUUACAAUCAUCCUUGGUCUCAUUGGCUUUCUCACUCUCACUGAUCGACCCGAGACUGCAAGGUGGCUGAAUGAGGACGAGAAACGACUCGCGAUCGCACGAAUAAAGUCGGAGCGAAUCGCCACCACGGAAGUACUCGACAAACUCGAUAAAGCAAAAAUCCUUCGAGGUGUUCUGAAUCCUGUUACGCUGGCCACAUCAUGGAUUUUCCUCUUAGAAUGCAUUACUGUCCAGGGGCUCGCCUUCUUCGCGCCCACUAUCGUUCGUACGAUCUACCCAACUGAAACUGUGGUUCGACAACAAUUGAUGACUGUCCCUCCCUAUAUUGUUGGCGCAGUAUUCGUCAUUGUCACAGCACUGUUAGCUUGGAGAACUGACCGUCGAAAUGUCAUCAUUACGUACAGUGCAAUUCCCUGUAUGGUGGGAUACAUUAUGUUUCUCGCCAACAAGAACGCGAAAGUUCGAUAUGGAGCCAUCUUCAUUAUCGUAACUGGUGCCUUCAACGGAGGUGCAUUGUGUAACGCACAGGUCUCGGCCAAUGUCGUCAGCGACACAGCACACUCAUCUGCCAUCGGUACGAACGUGAUGUUCGGCAAUAUAGGUGGAUUGAUUGCCUCGUGGGCAUUCUUGCCCUUUGAUGCACCCAAUUUCCCUAUUGGCAACGGACUAAACCUUGGUGCGCAAGUAAUGGUACUGAUUACUGGCAUCGGACUAGGUAUUUGGAUGAAGAUGAACAACAAAAAGCGUGCACAGGUGGAUGUGCAUGAGAAAAUCAGAGGCUUGUCGCAAUUGCAAGUAGCUGACUUGGAUUGGAAGCACCCUGGUUUCCAGUGGCGUCCUUGA